AUGGAGAAAACGAAGCGUUGUGCAAUCAUCGGAGGAUCAAUUUCGGGGCUUACCUCGGCCAAGUAAGCGGUCGUUUUUAUCCAAACAAAUCACCGGCUAUCUCUGGCUAUGUUGUCUGCCCUAAUAUCAGUCUGUCGGGAAAAUAAUGAGCACAGCGUCGCUGCGGCGAUCGCGUCACUGAAGCGUCCCUUCUGGGCUGCAGAGGUUUUGAAAAUGAGGUUUCUUUAAAAUUGUCAUCGGGAAGUUUAUACUAGGGGGUUCCUGACAAUAUUUACUAUAUUUUCUGAAAGCCAGCUUCUUACUCUACUGCCGUGCCAAAUUUCAGCCUUCUAGCGCACACGGCUAGCGAAAUAUAGUGAAAAAAGCAAGCGCAUUCCGAAAAGAAAAUUGAAAAAGCCUCGGAGAUCGGUUGUGUCCCAAAAGUACAGAAUGCCUUGUGGAGUGAAAAGCAAUUCGAUUUUGUCGCGACACAAUUCAUUUUCUCGACGGUGAUGUGAUUUUCGAUGCGACAUAGUGCUCAUUAUUUCCCCGACAAAGUUGAAUUUUGAAUGUCUCGCCUCGUCGCUGUCGCACACCAAGCCUCUAGCCGUGGCUAGCCGUCGUAAACUUCGGUGAUGGAGGAUCCCAAGGCGCGACAUAUCCACAUUAUUUUCCCGACAUACUGAUACUGGCCGGGCCGAUAAGUUUUGACAUACCUGCACAGUGCGUUGUCGCGCAAAAAACUUGCCGCGCGGCGACUGUAAAAUUCACAGUGCACGCCGACCACGCACAGUGCAAACAUGCCAAGACUUCUUAGCCCUCCUAGUAUCAGUCCGUCGGGAAAACAAUGUGGAUUCGUCGUGCCUUGGAAUUGCCCAUCGUCGCUUUGCGACGGCUAGCCACAACUGGAGAUUUGGUCCGCGACUGCCACGAUGUGAGACACUGCGAAAAAUCCACAUUAUUUCCCCGACAUACAUAUCAUCCUUUUCCAGAUGGGCCAAGGAAUACGGAAUAGAGCCGGUAGUUUUUGAAGCCACCGCCCACAUCGGCGGCCUUUGGCUGUACAAGGAAGAGGACGGUGAUUUGCCGACCGUAAUGAAGUCGACCGUCAUCAACUCGUCCAAAGAAUGCGCCGCUCUCUCGGAUUACCCGCCACCCGCCCACAGCGCGCCAUACAUGCAUCACACCAAGUUCUACGAGUACAUUGUCAACUACGCGAAGGAUAAUGACGUCACGCAGCAUGUCAAGCUGAACCAUCGAGUGCGGAACGUCCACAGAGCCGAGGACUACAAGCUCUCGGGCCAAUGGAAUGUCGAGUAUACGGAUGGGAAUGGAAACGAGCAUCACGAAGUGUUCGACGCGGUCCUCUCUUGUGUCGGACAUCACACCACGCCGAAUUGGCCGAGGGAAUGGCCUGGACAAGGGGGAUUUCGAGGGAGAUUUAGUCACGCCCACUCGUACAAGAAGCCCAGCGGGUUCGAGGACAAGGUGGUGGUGGUUGUGGGCGCUGGCAAUUCCGCUAUGGAUAUUGUAAGUUGAUGUUUUGGGGACUUGCGGAGGCAAAUUGCUCAAGGCCUUUGUGGAAUCGCUUUAAACUUUCCGUAAAUGCUUUAUUUAGGACUUGACAUCGAUUGAACACGAAGAGGGCAACUGAGGUCAAAAUGUUAACUGCUGAAAUUUUGUUGAAAAUCAUAGGGCGCAGCUCGCGUAUAGAGCGCAGCUUAAAAGCAUGCUGAAACUUAGCUCCGGCGUGCUUCGAAACGUUGUUUUCCGAGCUGCGCCCUACCAUUUUCAGCUAACUUUCAGCAAACUUUCAGUUAGCGCAUUGGCCCCCUGGACAAGGAGGGCACCUUGAGGAGUGGCUUGUCAAAAAAUCAUUCUUAAAAAAUACUCUCUGGUCUUCUUUCACCAUGUUCAUUUGGCACGAUUUCCUCUUCGCCCGCAUGCCUUUUUUGCCCAGGAAUCACCCCAGCGGCCUUGCGAACGGACUAGUCAUACUCGAAACUCCGCAACUUUUUACAGAUCUGCGAGCUUGGCCGCGUCUCGAAGCAAGUCUAUUGGUCGACGCGCCGCGGCGCCUGGAUCUCCCCGAAAUGCACCGACAGCGGCUGGCCCGUCGACAUGGCUCUGCAGCGUCGCAUUUUCUAUCACCUUUCGAAGGUAGCUCCUUGGCUGAUGGAGAAGUACGUCCGCGACAAACACAACCGCCAUCUCGACCACGAGUUGUACGGGAUCCGCCCGACUCACGGCGUCUUCAAUCAGCAUCCCACCGCCAGCGAUGAGCUGCCGAUUCGCAUCGCCUCGGGGCUGGUUCUGCCCUGCGCAGACAUCAAAAGCUUUGGCGAGAGGUCGGUGGAGUUUGUCGAUGGAAAAGUGGUCGAAGAUGUGGAUGAAGUCGUGUUCGCGACCGGCUACAAAUUCGCUUUUCCCUUCUUGGAGAACGGAAAGCUAGUGCCCGUGGUGGAGAACAAAUGCCGGCUCUACAAACAGAUGUAUCCCAAAGACGAAGACGGAAAGAAUACGUGCGCUGUGAUCGGAUUGGUUCAGGUAAGUAAUGAUGAUUAUCAGUUUGUCGAGAAAAUAACGGCGCACGUCAAACUGAGAUAAGCGAAAAAGGUCAGGUGAACGGAUUGGCAAUUAGCCAAAAAAGACGUGAAAAAAUGUUUUGUCGGAGAAGAAAUGGGGAGUUUUUAGGGCGAGACAGUAGGCUUUUGCGCGUCUUUUCUCUGACUUCUCUGUGAAUUCAAGAUGAAGUGUAAAAAACCGAUAGCGAAGGGUCUAUUCCGCUCAUCGGAUUCCUCAGUUUGACAUGCGGCGGGUCCUCGCAUCAAAAUGUUUCGUUCAAGUUCUCAUUAUUUUCCCGACAUACUGAUAUAUCAGUCUGUCGGGAAAAUAAUGUGGAUUUGUUGCGGCAAAAUGUCUCGCCUCGUCGCAGUCGCGCAGCAAAUCUCCAGCCGCGGCUAGCCGUCGCAAAGCGAUGAUGGGCGAUUCCAAGGCGCGAUGACCCGCCGUUAUUUGCACGACAGACUGAUACUGCUGGCGAUGCGUCGUUUUUUUUGUUACGCGCUCCAAACAUCUCCACGGUGCAAAUUGGGGCUUGGGGUGCGUGCGACGGAAAGGGGCGAGAAUUUCCGCCAGAUUGAUACUUUGGUAUUCGGAGACCAAAGUAUUAAUAUGUGGGGAAAAUAAUAAGCACUCAGUCGCAUCGAAAAUCGCAUCAUCGCCGAGAAAAUGAAUUGUCAUCAAAUCGCGUUUAACCUCAGCGACACGAUCGGCACAUCAUUGGGCUCAUUAUUUUCCCGACAGACGGAUAUAUAUAUAUAUAUAUAUAUAUAUAUAUGUAUAUAACAUUUCAAACAACUUCUGACGCCAACAAGAUAUGUUUUUCCAGCCCCUCGGCUCGAUUCUGCCUGUCUCCGAGCUGCAGGCCCGUCUGUUCUUCGACGCCUUCACCGGCCGCACCAAACUCCCCACCUUCGAGGGGAUGGAGCGCGCCAACGACGAAUAUCAGCAAUUUUUGUUGCACAACUUUGUCAACUCGCAACGGUAUACGAUCGAGGUACGUACUAGUCCUUCCGGAAAGUCGCCGGACGGAAAUCGGCGACAUGCACUCUACGAAAUCGAAAGUUCACUUUGCACUGUGCAAUUUUUGGCUUUUUGCACUGUGCAAUAAGCUUUUUCGAGCUGUCGCUCGCACCCUGAGUUUUUUCUCACAGUGCAUGUCGCCGAUUUCCGUCCGGCGACUUUCCGGAAGGACUAGUACCUUUCAUCGAAAAAAUACAGUGAAAGACCUGAUUCAGCGGCAAAAAAACGUACCAUUUUGCUUUCGGGUAGUAUCAAAAAAGGUGGCAAAAUGCUUCCCGCUCCAACUAAAAAACUCCUUUUUGAAAGGCGUUCACAAAAAGAGCGGGCGGGCUUUUGAAACUCGAGUUUUUUCGCUUGGAGAGGGAGGUAUUUUGCUACAUUUUCUGAUGCUUCCCGGAUGCAAAAUGGUACGUUUUUUGCCACUGGAUCAGGUCCGCAACUGUACACUAAAACUCCCAUUCAACCGGCUAAUCAAUUGAUUUGUUUCAGAUCGACUACAUGGCGUACAUGAACGAGAUCGGCGACAUGCUCGGCUGCUCGCCUCGGCCCUUCGAUUACUGUUUCUCGGACCCUAAACUCUUCUACCGUAUGAUUUUCGGGGCCGAGUUGCCGUACGCAUUCCGUUUGCGAGGCCCGCAUCCGUGGCGCGGCGCGAGGAAAGCGAUUCUCGAAGCCAACAAACGAGUGGAGAUGGGGAUCAGGAAACGGGCGACGGCUACGCCGUUCGUUUACGGCAAAGACUAUGGCGUUUACAUGCUCUAUAUGGUCGUAUUCUUAGGACUUGCAUUGUUCGCCAACUUUGUUGUUGGAUUAGUUUUUUGA